AUGAGCCUAACGGGCAGUGCCGAAGCCCCCAGUCAGCAAAGCGAUUCCCAUCGCACCACCAUCGGAAUGGACACCGAUACACCCUCCACCGAAACGAGUGAUUGUGGAAUACAUGUCCCAAUUCUUCGAGCCACCAACUAUAUGGAUUGGCGUCGACGUCUUAUUGGUUGUCUUGUGUCCAAGGAUUUGCAUCUUUGCGCAUCGAGGCCGUUGAGCGCCGCUGCGGAGGCCGUUCUUCAGGUCGCGAUCGACGAUCGAUCGCGCGGCUUCCACUCGCCCCUCGAGCGGCUUGACUUCGCAAAGAUGCAAAUCCUUGGACACAAGACGACCAAUAAGACGUCGACGCCAAUCCAUGUAGUUGGUGGCUCGAAGAAUUGGGACAUGUAUUCCACGAUCACUCGCUCUAGAUUGUGGUCCUGACUUCUCGGCGUCGUGCACCCUCACCUAUCGGAAGGCUUUAAUUCCGCGCUCGCAUCUUUUCUGCGAUAGUAGCAAGCGUGUUGCAACAUCCCACUUUCUUCUUCCUUACUUUGUCCGACCUUUCGACCAUCAAGUGGGAGGUUCGAGGGUUCGGGGGCUCGGGGGUUCGGGGGAGGCUGUCCGUCGUUUUCACCCUCGUCCGCAGCGAUCUGUGCGUGAAUCGGUCCACUAG